AUUUCUCUGUGCUGCGCAGACGCGGCGUUCUAGGCAACCCGGAAAGAAGACGUUUGGGUAGUUCCUCAAGAUGAAUGCCUUGACCAAGGUGAAGCUCAUCAAUGAGCUCAAUGAACGCGAGGUGGAGCUCGGAGUGGCGGAGAAGGUGUCCUGGCACGCCGAGUACAAGGACAGCGCCUGGAUCUUCCUUGGAGGGCUCCCUUAUGAAUUGACUGAAGGAGAUAUCAUCUGUGUGUUUUCACAAUACGGGGAAAUUGUUAACAUUAAUCUUGUACGAGAUAAGAAGACUGGAAAAUCCAAAGGAUUCUGUUUUCUUUGCUAUGAGGAUCAGAGAAGCACCAUUUUGGCCGUUGACAAUUUUAAUGGGAUCAAGAUAAGAGGAAGAACUAUCCGAGUAGACCACGUGGCUAAUUAUAGACCCCCUAAGGAUUCCAAGAAUCUCGAUGAUAUCACCAGAACCAUUCGAGAGAAGGGCUGUGGGAUUAAAACCCCACCUUCUAGUUCUCCUGGCUCUUCCGAAGAUGAGAUGUCUUUGAAAAAAUAUAAAAAAGACAAAAAAGAAAAAAAAAGGAAGAAAAAAGACAGAGAUGCUAAAAUGACUAUGGAUAAACAGGAGAUGCCUACAUCAUCUUCCCUAGUAUCUCAACACAAGACCAGAAAGGAAAAGGAAGGUGUUGGCUUUGGAAAAUCUGCCAUUAUAGGCCUUGAGAGGGGCAGUAGUCCUGAGAGACGUGAAGGGCGUGAAGGACGAUGUGAUGGACGUGAAGGGUGUGAUGGACCUGCAAGACAGGAUGGACAUGAGGGGAGUGAAGUGCGGGAAGGGUAUGAUGGACAUGAAGGGAGUGAAGGACAUGAUGGACAUGGAGAAGGAUGUGAAGGACAUAAUUGCCCAACUGGCUCACCUGUAUCCCCCCAAAGUCAGCUUGAGUAUGCAGAGACCUCAAGGAAGGAAAAGUCAUGGCACAAGAAAUCCUCAGGCAGCUCUAGCAGGAAAGAAAAAAGAAAAAAAGAGAAGAGCAAGCAUCGGGACAGAAGCCGGAGCUCUGAAAAGCACUCACACCGCCAUGAGGAACAUUCUGAAGGGAGGACUAAGAAAAGGAAGCACAAACACAAGUCCCGAAGCUCCACAAAAGACUCUCAUUCCAGAGAUCGGGACCCAUCUUACUCAAGUCACCACAAGUCCAGUUAGAUGGAUGGCUUGGCUCAACUUUUCUGUCAUCCUAGAAAUGAAGAUUCAUCUUUAAAAAAUAACUCAUCUGAGCUAAGCUGGUAUUAUAGCUUCUAUAAAAUAAAGUCUCUGCUGCUCAGUACCCUCGCUUUCUUGAGUAUUGUAAUUAGAGGACUCUGGACCCUCCAAAUAUAA